UGCGUACAUGCUGCGCUUUAUCUGCAACUCGCCUCUCUUCUUCACCUCCAUUAUUGUCCCUCCUUAGACACACUCUCCUUUUCUCCACCCCUCGUCCGUCGUUGGCCCCUGCUCGUCCUCGUCCUCUUGCUGCACAUCGCACAUUAGAUAUCCGCCAUGAUGCACUCUGCGUUCGCCGCGCUCAUCCUCGCGCUCCCGCUCACUUCCCUCGCCCGUCACGAAGACGGCGCGCUCCGCCGCCGGCACCACAACGUUGCCCGCAGCAGCAGCAACAACGGCCCCACCUACAUGCGCCGCGACUCCAACUACACGCUCCAAAACAAGUUUGUCGGAGAGGACUUCCUCGACUGGAAUUUCUACGACGCGGCUGAUCCUACCUCUGGCCUCGUGGACUACCUCGACGAGGCGGACGCCGUCGCUGCUGGCCUCGCGUCCGUCGACUGCAACAACGUCACCACGCUCAAGAUCGACAACACCGAGACCGUCGCUGCAGGUGGCCUCCGCAAGUCUGUUCGCAUCAGCUCACCCGAGACGUACAACGGCGGCCUGUUCAUCGCCGAUUUCGCUGCCAUGCCCUACGGCUGCGGCAUCUGGCCCGCGUACUGGACCGUCAGCGCCACUGCCACCUGGCCCGCCGGCGGCGAAAUGGACAUCAUCGAGGGUGUGAACCUCAUGACGCAGAACCAAAUCACGCUGCACACGGGCGACACCUGCACGCUCAACAGCACCGCAGCCACGACGGGCUCCAUCAGCUCCACGACCUGCACGAGCAGCGCGGACGCCGACUCGGGCUGCGCCUACACCCAGCCCGGCACCAACUCGUUCGGCGCGGGCUUCAACGCCGCGGGCGGCGGCGUCUUUGCGCACCUCUGGAACAGCGAUGGCAUCACUGUCUGGUUCUUCACGCGCGACGCGAUCCCGAGCGACGUCGCUGGUGGAACGCCCGACCCGACUUCGUGGGGAACCCCCACUGCUAUCUUCCCUGAUACGGGCUGCGAUAUCUCUGCGAGUCUUUACGACCAUACGAUCGUGCUUGAUACUACGAUUUGCGGGGACUGGGCUGGCGCGGUUUACAGCACGUCUGGGUGCCCUGGUACUUGCGACGAGAUCGUCGCGAACGCGACCAACUUUGAUAGUGAGUGCUUGUGCGGUAGUAUCCCCGCUGCGCGUGCCUGACCGCUGCGGUUGCAGAUGCCGCUUGGGAAGUCAACUAUAUCGCCGUCUACCAGUAGACGCGCCUAGCCCGGACCCAGACCUCAACUCCUGUAGUGUGCAUCAUCGCCUUGCUUUGCUUUGCUAACGACAGCGGACACGGCCACGUCCGAACGUUGCUUUUUAUACACAUUCAACACCGCAUAGAUACCAUGCAU